GACCCACUCAACUUAAUGAGUAAGCCACAAUGUAAGGGGUAAGUCGGGACCUCCGAACUAAACAUGGAGACAUCGUUUUACACUUAAAGUGUCCUUUGCGAUAGGUGGACCGUUCACCCUAAAGUGGGCACUAUGGUAGAAUCGGAAUACUUGUUGGGUUCUGACCGGAAGCUCACGUGUAAAAACGACACAUCGAGUCUGCCUUCCUGCCAAACCUGUGAGGACUGCGUCCUGACGGCCAAGCACGACCUCACCAAAGAAUGGUUUUUGAGAGCCGGAGAAAACUCGCAGAAAAACUUCCUUUUUGGUAUCAUAAGGAGGAUACGGGACCUGCAAAUGUUGCUUUAUGUAGAGAGGAUCCUGCGUCAGGUACAAGGCAAGGACUUUAUCUACAGCCGGUCUCGGAUGAAGCCGAGUCUGCCCCAAGACUCGCUAAUUGCCCAUUUCAACCGAGCUCUUGACCCGGACAAGUUGUGGCAGUUUAUGCGGGAGAUCUGGGAAUGGUUUAAAGGAGGCUCGUAUUAUACCAAACUGAACUAUACUCUCCUGCUACUGCAGAUGUGCAGCACCCACACGCUACACACCGCCGCCAACCUCAUACAAGUCCUGAUUGCACAAGGGAGGAAAGCGCAUUUACUCAAGGAAGAAGCCUUUGGUGCUGACGAGAGCCCCAGAGCCUUGGAACUAUGUGGCUUAAAGGAACCCGAUCCAUCCGACGUGGACGACCCUUCUUUCAUGGUGCCUCCGACAUCAGUUAAAUCGACCUCGGGUGUCAAAAUGUACAAAGACUUCAUCAGCUGCCUGCCUGUGCAUCUGUCCAAGAAGAUUCUAGGGUUUUUAAAUAAGGACACUCUGAAAGUCUGCUUCUCUGUGUCACAUCACUGGCGCUAUCUGGCAGAAAGUACACUUCAGGAUCUAAAAGCCGAACUCCUGGUGAAGAAAGAGGCUAUGAUACUGCAGGGCACUUCCAACAAAAAGGCCAGACUUUCCUAUGCGAAAAUGCAGUCUGUUCAGGUUCCGAAACAUGGACCUGAAGAAGGCGAUGUUUCACGCAGAGGGAAAGAAGUUCAGAAACAGCCCGGUGAUAGCUUCCAUACAGCAUACAUCGGUCAAGAAACAAUGACAGUCCUCAUGGAAGAGCGAAAUCUCUACUGUGGACCAUAUAAUAUUUUAUUUGUCACAAAAGAGCCAGACCACCAUAGGGUGAUUCACUAUGAUGGGGGAAGAUUUCUAGCUGUUGGUUCAGUUGACCACACAGUGAAGGUAUAUGAUAUCGCAGAGAUGAAGCCAAUUCCGCCCCUGUUCAAAGGACAUGCUGGGAGCGUCCGCGUGGUGCAUUUGUGCGAGGAGGAAGGCUCCCUCUUCACAGGAGGAUAUGACAUCGGCAUCAGACAGUGGGACCUGACCAGCGGAGUGUGCGUGAGAGUUUACAACGGACACAUGAAGACGGUCACGUGCCUGGAUGUGCACAAGAAUUACUUGGUUUCUGGAUCUAAAGACCAUCUUGUAAAAGUUUGGAAUAUUACCACUGGAAAAUGCCCCAAGACAUUUAAGCAUGAAAAUGCAGUUUUUGCGGUUAAAAUAAACGAACGUUAUGUGGUUGGCGGCUGUGAAAAAGGAUUGGUCAAGGUUUGGCACUUGGAAUCUGGAACAUUAAUCAAGACACUGACAGGUCACCAGGGCAGAAUAAAAUGCCUUUUUCUUGACCAGUGGCAUUUGGUGUCGGGAGGAAUGGAUGGAAACGCCAUCGCUUGGAGCAUGGUGGGAACCUUUCAGAAAAGCCUAAUCACAUUCUGGCAUCCCAAGGAGGUCACGAGCGUAACAUUACACUAUCUCAGAGUCAUUACAAGCUGUGCUGAUGGCAAAAUUCGUGUGUUCAACUUCCUCAGUGGAGACUGCCUCAGAGUGAUGAGAGUCACCAGCAGAGACGACCCCGUGAUGUCCUUAUGUGUCCGAGACAAUAGACUGGUCAUCAAUGUGACAUCAAGCAUCAUAAUCUUCGAGUUUGGAAAUAUAUCUUGGGAUUACUCCAUGGCGUCGGCCCAUGUAAUUGCCCUGAAAAAAAGGGAAAAGUUUAAAGCGGCAGCUUUAACGCCUGCGCCGUACAGCUACGCGCGGGCUCAGAGACUGAAAAUAUUCGGCUCCGGCAAUACAAAGGUUUCUGAGCGACAACAAAAGGAAAAAGACGACCAAGACAGGAGAGUGGAGAAAACGGCAGGAGAGAAGGAAGAGGUACAAGGUGUCAAAAGCCUAUCCCAUCGCGGUCAAACCCAGCGUGUAAAGAGUACGGCCGAAACGCAGAAUGCCCGACGAGAGUCGCUCCCACCUAUAACAUGGCUUGACUUGCUGAGGUAUCUCGGGACCUUUGAAGACUUAGAUCUGGAGCCCAUGUUUCUUAGAAAAGUGCUAUCAUCCAGCCAAAAAAUGAGAGGCGGACGUACAAAACCCAAGGCCAAGGGUAACACGCGUUGAUAUUCUGUAGCAUUUUAUCUUUUUGUGUUUGUUUGUAACGGUUCCUGUGGAGAGCUGGUAUCAAUGUAUAAAAGACAGUAGUCUUUCCGCCUUACUACAUAUCAUUACUAAUCCUGGUAAUUCAACAGAAGCAAUCUGGAAAAUUCAUGUAGUUCUACAUAUUUUUUAGUUACGUUAUCUGCCCGCAGAUCCGGAGUUUCUACCCCCAAUAACAUGGCUUGAUUUAGAGAAUUCUCUCAGGAGCAUUCAAAACACGGAUCUGGAUUCUGAGACUUUCCCUUCAAGAAGAAGAGUGUGGCGGAGCCCCGACCCCUGCACAGAGAACGCAAUCACAAAAUACAAAACACCAGAUGCUGAUCUGGAGCCUUUACCACUGAUAACAUGGCAGGACUUUCAAAAUUAUCUCAGGAACUUUGAAAAUAUAGAUUUAGACCCCAGGACCCUCAGAAAGGCCCUGUCCGCCGGCAGAUCGCAAGCCAGGGCACGGCACAGCGGAGACACCUUGAGAUGGAACGCUACUGCAGAACUGGGGACCAAGGAGGCUUCUGCAAUUUCAGAUAAGGAAUCGGGCUAUGACUCUGCAGGACCGAAAUCCGCCCUUUCGAGAAGCGAGAAAGCAUCCGCGGAGCGCGUGAGGAAACGUGGACCCCAUUCUCCAAUGAGCCCCAAUCAAAUGCUUCUCAAAAUCAGCACCAUCCAAAACCUGCAGCGGUCUGAUGAGCUGGCCUCAAACAUGGAAUUCAAUUUCAGCCUCCGUGAUUCAUGGGGACCUCCCGUGCUCCUCAUGGGAAACAAGAAAGAGGUUGCUUCAACCCGUUCAGAGCAAACCAGAUUUUCUGGUGCUUAUGGAGGAAUGAAGACUUUUUCGGGACCAAUAAGACAAAUUGGCCCUUACAGGGAUUCCUUACAGGGUUCAAGAGUUCAACCUCCGGUGCAUCAACCAACUACGGAACCACCAAAGACGAGCGGUGGAUCCAAGGAGAGAAAAAGAAGUCCUGUUGUAGACGAGACAUUGGACUCUUCAGUAGAAGACACCGAAGAUGAACGCGUUUUUCGCGGGAGCUCAUUGCUCCCAAACAGGGCAGCCGUCAAAAGACCCGUGCCGUUCGUCGCUCGCAAUCCUUUCAGAAUAAGCUGUGGCUUCCGGCUUCUGACUGCAAAGCAGCAGAAGGAAUACGAGGAUGGAAAGACGCCUCGGGAAAACACAACGGACGACGCCGUCAUAGAACUGCUCGACACAAUGAAGGCCAGAAGGGAUGCCCAUUGUAAGAAGAUCGAGGAGCAAGAAAAGAAAACUCUGGAGUUUAAAAGGGAACGCACGGCGAAACAUCACAAGAAACGAAGACGCGAGCUUGGGAAGUAGUCCAGACCAGAUCUGUUCCUCCGAAUGGGUCUUGACGAAAGGGCAAGUUUGGUAAAGACGAUCCCUUUAUUGGCUAAGUAUAAUAAGAUUGCAAGCUUCUGGGACUAUCUAAUUAACUUAAAGAAGAGCUAGAUAGUCUUGAGAGCUUCCUAUCUAUUAUACUUCAGUUGGCCAAUAAAGGGAUCAUCUUUACAAAACUUGCCUUUUUUUCUUUCUAGGCUAAUACGGUCAUGAAAGGGAUGAGACAAAAAAACUAUAACUCUUUUAGCUCAAGAAAACAUGUAUUUAGUCAAAAUCUUUCAUUGGGCCAACACAGUAAAUGACAUAAGCUUUCUGUA